AUGGUGAAGAUUGAGCUAUUCGAAGUCGAUCAUUGGAUCCUAUCUCAAUCCUCGGAUAUCAAGCACAACCUUGCACAUUCGUAUUGCCUUCCGAAGUCUCUCAGCGAUGUGCAACAACAAGCCGGGAGUUCCGAAACUGCAACAGAUGUCUUUUCUCCCGUACUGUCGAAAGCGCUCGAUUACGGCCCUAUGAAAGGAUCCGAAGUCCUCCGAUCGAAGAUCUCCCAUCUUUACUCGUCCGAAUCUUCAAGCCCUUUCUCGAAGGAGAAAAUAAUCACUACACCCGGGGCAUCCUUGGCGAACUUCGUUGUUUUAUUUGCACUGGUUGGGCCCGGCGAUCAUGUCAUUGUCCAAUACCCCACAUAUCAACAACUCUAUGCCGUUCCAGCAUCGAUCGGAGCGGAUGUCAGCCUGUGGAAACCAUCCCAAGAGGAGAACUGGAAGUUGGAUAUGGAGGAACUGGAGAAGCUCAUCAGACCGAAUACCAAAAUGAUCAUAAUCAACAAUCCACAAAAUCCGACCGGCGCAAUCAUUUCCAAACAAACCCUCAAACAAAUCGUGCAAACUGCUCGGAAGCAUUCGAUCACCGUCUUCAGCGACGAAGUCUAUCGUCCUCUGUUCCACACAGUGUCACCCGUCGACCCAGAAUAUCCCCCAUCCAUCCUAUCUAUGGGUUAUGACAACACCAUCGCCACCAGCUCCUUGUCGAAAGCAUACUCCUUGGCGGGAUUGAGAAUAGGAUGGAUUGCAUCUCACAACCCGAAGGUCAUAGACCUCUGUGUCAACGUACGGUCUUAUGCCCUGAUCACUGCCAGCCAGAUCGACGAACAUCUGGCUUCGUUUGUCCUCGGCCCUCCAGUCCGUCAAUUGAUCGAAGGAAACCGGACACUCGCCAAAAACAACCUCAACAUUGUGCAAUCAUUUAUCGACAAGAAUAGGUCGAUCUGCGAAUGGGCGAGGCCCGAAGGCGGACCCAUCGGCUUCAUCAGAUUCGUGAGAUCUGGUCGGCCUGUUGACGAUGUGAUACUUUGCACUCAGUUGCUCGAGAAAAAAGGCCUUCUCCUUGUUCCGGGCAGGAAAUGCUUCGGGGAUGGGAUUAAUUUCUCGGGCUAUGUUCGUCUUGGAUUUGGUGGAGACACGGAGGACUUGAUCGCGGGACUGGGGGCCUUGCAAAGCUUCCUUGACCAUGACUUCAGGGAAGUACCUGUGUACCCCGGGGCUGCGGAUAAGUACUGA